AUGGACGGCGAGAGCGAAGUGAAUUUUUCCAGCAACAGUUUAACCCCUUCGUGGCGGAGGAGGUCGACCCCUCAGCCGCAGAUGCUGGGCCGGAGCAAGCCGAGACCCCAGUCUUACCAGAGCCCGAGCGGGUUGCUGAUCACGGAUUUCCCGGUGGAGGACCGGGGCCCGCUCCCCGUGGCGCAGACUCCCUCCCAGGUGCCCACCGCUUCGGACGGCAGGACGGUCCCGAGGAGCCCUCUGCUUCUGUGCACCCACCGGAGGCCGGUGACCAAUGGGAGGACGGUCUCCCCGGAGUACCGGGCUGUCUCUCCUCGGCUCCGACGCCUGAAGUCACCGCAGACCCCCAAAGGGGCGUUGGGGGGCUCCCCGAAACCCCCAGAAAAUGGUACAGUGAUUCCGCCCGCGCCGCCGCGGCUGCGCCCCCCACCUUCUCCUAACGCAUCCGCCCCCUGCAGUCCAGAGGGCGACCGGGUCAGACCGACUGCGAGCCCCCUGCCCGCGCCCGCUGCGAACGGGCUCUCUUGUCACGUCGACUCUCCAGGCUGCCGUUUGCAAUCCGGCCAGACAGCUAAGGACCCUGAGCGGGGACCCUCGCCCCAGAAUAGGUCUUUGGAACAAAAACUCCCCCUCCAAAGGCUGCCUUCUCAGGAGAACGAGCCCCCGGAGACGCCUUCAGUGGUUUUGAGCACAAAUAGCCCGGCUGCCCUCAAAGUGGGGAAGCAGCAGAUAAUUCCCAAGAGCCUGGCCUCAGAAAUUAAAAUAAGUAAAAGCAGCAGUCAGAAUGUGGAGCCCCACAAGAGACUCCUCAAGGUGCGCAGCAUGGUGGAGGGCCUGGGGGCGUCGCUGGGCCCCUCGGAGGACGAAGGCGAGGUCGAGAACGACCUGGACAGCCCGGGGUCUCUGCGGAGGGGCUUGCGGUCCACGUCCUAUCGCAGGGCGGUGGUCAGUGGCGUGGAUUUUGACAGUCCUACCACCUCGAAGAAGAAGAACAGAAUGUCUCAGCCCAUUCUGAAAGUAGUGAUGGAAGACAAGGAGAAGUUUUCCAGCCUUGGAAGGAUAAAGAAAAAAGUGCUGAAAGGACAAGGACCAUUUGAUGGGGAAGAAAAUGCUGUCCUGUACCAGAACUACAAAGAAAAGGCCCUUGACAUUGACUCUGAUGAAGAGUCUGAGCCCAAAGAACAGAAGUCGGAGGAAAAAAUUGUGAUCCAGCACAAGCCACUCCGGUCCACGUGGAGCCAGCUCUCUGCGGUGAAAAGAAAUGGAUUAUCUCAGACAGUUAGCCAGGAGGAAAGAAAGAGACAAGAGGCUAUCUUUGAAGUUAUAUCCUCUGAACAUUCAUAUUUACUCAGCUUGGAGAUCUUGAUACGAAUGUUUAAAAAUUCUAAAGAACUGAGUGAUACAAUGACCAAAACAGAGAGUCACCAUCUUUUCUCCAAUAUUACAGACGUCUGUGAGGCAAGCAAAAAAUUCUUUACAGAGUUGGAAGCAAGACAUCAGAAUAAUAUCUUCAUAGAUGACAUAAGUGACAUUGUGGAAAAACACACGGCAUCCACGUUUGACCCAUAUGUGAAAUACUGUACAAACGAAGUCUACCAACAGCGAACACUGCAGAAAUUGUUAGCCACCAAUCCAUCUUUUAAGGAAGUGCUGUCAAGAAUCGAGUCCCAUGAAGACUGUAGGAACUUACCCAUGAUCUCUUUCCUCAUUCUCCCCAUGCAGAGGGUGACUCGCCUUCCCCUGCUGAUGGACACUAUCUGUCAAAAAACCCCGAAGGACUCUCCGAAGUAUGAGGUCUGUAAAAGGGCCUUGAAGGAAGUAAGCAAGUUGGUUCGACUGUGCAAUGAAGGAGCCCGGAAGAUGGAAAGGACAGAAAUGAUGUACACAAUUAACUCCCAGCUGGAAUUUAAAAUUAAGCCUUUCCCUCUGGUCUCCUCUUCCCGGUGGCUGGUGAAGAGAGGCGAGCUGACAGCCUAUGUGGAGGACACGGUGCUUUUCUCAAAAAGGACGUCCAAACAGCAAGUCUACUUCUUUCUUUUUAACGACGUGCUCAUCAUCACCAAGAAGAAGAGGAGUGAGCGAGCCCGCUGGAUAACCGCCCUGGGACACAGCAGCGGGAAGCAGCCUCCUGACCGAACCUCACUGACCCAGGUAGAAAUCAUUAGAUCGUUUACCGCCAAGCAGCCAGACGAGCUCUCCCUGCAGGUGGCCGACGUGGUCCUCAUUUAUCAACGUGUCAGCGACGGCUGGUAUGAAGGGGAGAGACUGCGAGAUGGAGAAAGGGGCUGGUUUCCCAUGGAAUGUGCCAAGGAGAUAACAUGUCAAGCCACGAUCGAUAAGAAUGUGGAGAGAAUGGGACGUUUGCUAGGACUGGAGACCAACGUGUAG